UGUCUGAGUAAAUCGCCUGCUCAGUCGACAACGAGUUUUCUUACUGAGGAGAAGGAAUUGUGUAUGUGUAGUGUCUCUGCUGAAUUUCUCUCUCAGUAGCGACUGUCGGUAGCACAACAUCGGCUGUAAAGCUGCGGUGGUGGCAGUACUGUGAAACCUUUCUGUAAUACUAAUACUAUUAUAGCAGAGAACAAAGCCAAGCAAAACAAAUACUUGGACUUUCUUGAAAUGGAUAUGAAACAGGAGAUAUCACAGCGUCUGCCUGUCGACACAGGGACGGCACCAGAGUGCGCUGGUUGUCAGAAGAUUAUCCGAGAAAGAUAUCUGCUAAAAGCGUUGGAUCAGUUCUGGCAUGAGGAUUGUCUUAAGUGCACCUGCUGUGACUGUAGACUUGGAGAGGUGGGCUCCACCCUCUUCACCAAGGCCAAUCUCAUCCUCUGUAAGAGAGACUAUCUCAGGUUGUUUGGUACGACUGGUGUUUGUUCAGCUUGCAGUAAAACUAUCCCGGCCUUUGAGAUGGUGAUGAGAGCCAGAGGAAACGUGUAUCAUUUGGAAUGUUUCGCAUGUCAGCAGUGCCGUCACAGGUUCUGUGUUGGAGAUAGAUUCUAUUUGUACAACAACCGAGUACUGUGUGAAUAUGAUUACGAAGAACGUGUUUUAUUCGCCAAUCUACCCUAUACAGGAGACAGUCUUACGCAGCUGAAGAAACAGACAGAAAACCUGACCUCCGGCAAUAAAGAUGAUGCUUCGAGUGGCUAUGGUAGUCCGGACUCAUUAGUUAGUGAAGGCAAAUAAAGUAUUAACGGGGUCUGGUGGUUACAAACUGUGAUCCUUAAGUGACUGGAUAGCAACUAUGAUAAUGUGGUUCUGGGUUAUUUUCUGGAGCCAACCUGAGCACAUUGACUGGUUAAAUGAGAAUUAUCAAUACUUAUGAAAUCAACUUUCAGGUUUGUACGUGACCUGCAUAACAAUAUUAUUUUCUGUGAUCAUAAGAUGUGUAGUUGAAAACUUUAAUAUAACCGUGACCGAUAUAUCAUCAGUUGUACACUCACAAGUCUUGUAUAUGGUUUAGUGGCCGCAUCACCCUUUCAAGUAUUAUGAAUGAGAGCGCGGAAAGAAAUUAGUGCUAUAGGAAAAAAAAAACUUCUUUAAUGUAUAUACCACAGUGAUUAGAAAUUAGUUGUGAAACGUUUUCCUGAAUGUUUUAAAAAAUCUUCUGACUUUAUUUCUGGUUAACUGGAUCCUGCCACUAGGGGGCUGGAAUGAAGUGUAGAUCACUUAUGGAAAAAUGGAAUACGAUCAACCAGUAUUCGUUAAGCCCACCAGAUGUCGCUUUAAAAGGUUAAAUUUGCUGUACAUUUGAUUAAAACGUUAUAUUGUAGAGUGUAAAAUGAGGAAUGAUAAAACUAAAAUGUUUCGUUUUGUAUAUAUAUAGUUUGUAUAUAUAUAUAUAUAUAUAUAUAUGAGAAAUAUAUAUGUAAAUUAUUUUGCUGUUUAGAGAUUUGUUGUAACGCACUCGGAACUGCUUUUGUGUACUUGUUCAAUAAAUGUUAUGAUUUUAUGUGGUAA